UUUCAAUUGCUUUCUCUUGUUGCAUGGACUGAGAGAGAGAGAGAGAGAGAGAGAGAGAUUGGUUUGGAAUUUGGAUAUCUAUAUAGCAAAGAUGUCUCGAAAUUGCUCUCAGUGCGGCAACAACGGCCACAACUCGCGAACCUGUUCGGAGGCUUUCGGUGGUGGAAACAGCGGCGGUGGCAGUGGGGAGAAUCAGAAUGGAAUCAUGUUGUUUGGUGUACGAGUCACCGAGGGCGCCUCUUUCAGGAAAAGUGUUAGCAUGAAUAAUCUUUCUCAGUUUGAUCAACCUCAAGAUUCAAACGCUGAUGCUGGUUAUGUCUCCGAUGACGUCGUUCACGCAUCCGGCAGGAGCCGUGAGCGCAAGAGAGGUGUUCCAUGGACAGAGGAAGAGCACAGACUAUUCUUGUUAGGUUUACAGAAAGUUGGAAAAGGAGAUUGGAGAGGAAUUUCUCGGAACUUUGUGAAGACUCGCACACCUACUCAAGUUGCUAGCCAUGCCCAGAAGUAUUUCCUCCGCCGUUUUAAUCAGAAUCGGAGGCGCCGCAGAUCUAGUCUUUUUGACAUCACAACUGAAUCGUUCGCGGGUUCAUCAAUGGAAGAAGAUCGAGCUCGUCAAGAAACGGUAGCAGCGUCGACACAGCCACAACAGCCAGGAGGUUUUGCUGUGUCAGCUUAUCCAGUGAAGCUCGCUCCAGUAUCGUUACCGGUAGCCGGAGAAAACUCCAUGGAGAAUCUAACUUUAGGUCCAAGCAGCAGCCAACAGAAACCAUUAACAAAGCCCAUCCGUCCAAUACCAAUUCUUCCAUUGCCUCCAUCCUCAAAAAUGGCUGAUCUUAACUUGAACCAGAAAGCUAUGCAAACCCAAGCCAUAGAGCCGGCUUUGCCUCUGUCACUGAAACUCUCAGCACCACCAACAUCUUCGGACGAGAGGCCGGCGGCUCCGACGACAUCACACUCGUCUGCUUUCCAGGCCAUGUCAAGUGGUGAUAGCAUUAUCAGUGUUGCUUGAAGAAUAUUAUGAUUAAUGAAAUUAAAUUAGGUGAUGUAAAGGUUGAAUUAAUGUGGGAAAUUAGAUAAUUAAUUAAAGAUAAAAUAGGAUUAAAGUAAUAGUCCAUUAGGUGAUUCCUUGUUUGUACAGAGAUGGGGUUGUCCUUUUCGUUGUGGGGGAUUCUUGUUUGUCUUGUCUAGUUUCUUUUGUUGUGAAAUGAUAGAGAACCAGGUACUCUGCGUUGCUGUCUAUGAAACUUGAACAACUUGGGAAAAUAUCUCAAACUUUUAUUUUUAUUUAUUAUAUAUAAUUAUCAUUUUCUUUUGUGUA